UAGCAAGGAUCUUAUCAUGCAUAUAUGUACCUAAUAGUUAUCAGGAUCCCCAGUAGAAAGGUCAACAUGGUCUCACCUACAUUGGACUAGGAUAGUGAGGAGUAGCAUUUAACAUCCUCCUCAUCGUUCGCAAGCUUGUGAAGUUAUUUUUUCCCCUUUGAGAUUUACUCUCAAAAUGGAUGCGAAAAUGUCUGAGAAGAACGAGGCCUCGAUCCCUAAGAGCCUAGUCGACAUCGAGCCUGGAGUUGGCCUCGACUUACCAAAACAGAACGCAUUACAGCGUCUGAUUCACCGGCGAAAUGAUCUCAAUCAGUUAGGUAAAGAUAUGCUACAGAAGUCGCUUCAAUAUGACAGGGCCCAGCUUGAAGCAGACGCCGUUAAGGUUCGAUGGAAGCUGGAUCUCCUCGUGCUUCCGAUGAUGAUGACUACAUAUAUGUUGUCGUUCCUUGAUAAACAAACUCUAAACUACUCCAACGCGUACGGCUUGCAGAGCGAUACAAACAUGACGGGCAAUGAUUACACAUGGGUUGCUUCCGCGUUGUACUUUGGUUGGCUCUGCGGAGCUUGGCCGUGGAAUAUGUUGCUACAGCGCGUUGCCAUUGGGAAAUUGGUGGGCGGGAUGUUAUUCGUCUGGGGAAUUGUAUGCAUGCUGCAAGCUACGGUGUUCAAUUUCAGUGGCUUUUUUGCCGUUCGCUUCUUUUUGGGCAUGCUCGAGGGCUGCGUCUCACCAGCGUGGGUUCUCCUAACUUCGAUGCUUUGGACGAGAAAGGAGCAAACGAUGCGCAGCUCCAUUUGGCUGUGCACGAACGGUGUCUCGAAUAUCUUAGGGUCACUUCUGGCCUAUGGCUCGGGCUCAGCUGAAGGAUUAUCCAUAGCUCAAUGGAAGUUGAUCUUCCUGAUCGUCGGUGCCCUUACCUUCGUAUGGGGGUUCGUUAUCUUACUUUUCCUUCCCGACGGGCCGCAUAAUGCAAAGAUGCUAACGGAAUACGAACGUGUGGUUGCCGUCUGGCGAGUCUCCGAAAAUCAGAUAGGCCUAAAGGAUUCGACGAUCAGGCCUUACCAGAUUAAGGAAGCCUUGCUAGAUGGGAAGUGCUACUUAUUAUGGAUGGUAUCGAUGGCAUUGGGGCUCCUCAACGGCGCUGUGACCAACUUCAUGUCGGCUAUCAUCAAGGGCUUCAAUUUCGACGCACUCAGGGCAUCUCUGCUGCAAGCUCCUGGGGGAGCAUUUGAAAUCGUCUUCUGUCUUUUGAUAGGACGGUUCUCGCAGCUUCCUAACAUGGUCGGUAUUUCUAUCAUGCUUGGCUGUCUGCCCGGUAUGGCUGGACUCAUCGGUAUUCUCACUAUUAACAUCGAGCACCGAUAUGCGCUUGUUGCCAUGUGUUGGUUGCAGAAUGUAGUUGGGUCUCCUAUUGUCCUAAGUUGGACAGUCCCUGGUCUCAACAUCGCUGGACAUACUAAGAGAAGUGCCGUCAUGGGCAUAUUUUUUGUCUGUUAUGUUGUUGGGAACAUCAUUGGUCCACACCUCUUUCUAUCUACCGAGGCACCAAGAUAUCCAACGGCGAUUAAGGGUCUGCUGGGCACUUAUUGCGCUACAAUCGUACUCCAAGGACUGUAUGUUCUCUGGUGUUGGUUUGAUAACCGACGGCGCGAUAGGUUAGGCCAGCAUGCCGAGGUAGAGGAAGAGCUGUUGGAAGGGUUUGAGGAUCUAACAGACAAACAGAACAAGCAUUUCAGAUACAGGCUCUAGGCGGGCCGUACUUAGGUGCGAAAAGAUACCAGAGAGCUGGGUAUAGAUUAGUAAUAUAGACCUUUAAAGAAAAUAUUCUAUGCAGGUAAACCUGCUGCGUGCAAC